UAAAUCAGUAAAUUAAAAAAAAAAAAAAGGAAGUUGAUCCCUUUCUUUCUCUCUCCUUUACCUGAUUCCUGUAUGGGAGAUUCUGAUUUUAUUCAGCGUAGAGACAAAGAGGAAGUCACUCCACACACCGACUCACACUGGAGCGAACCUAAACAUUCAUUCAAAAUCGUCCAUCUUUUCGAUCGAUCAUGCCGCCAGGUGCGAAGAAGAGAAAGGCGUUGAAGAAGAAGCAGCAGCAGCAGCAGGAAUCGACUGUAACAAGUACGAACACUAAGGGAUCCACCAAUGAGAAAGGACAAGAUGAUAGGGGAAGUGAUGAUAGCAGUUUGAGUUCCCCUGCUUCUCAAGGAAAUGGAGAAUUUGGUGAGGUAAAAGAUCCAUCUGGUUUGGCGAAGGACACUGCUAAAGAGAUAUCAGAUCAUGUUACUCAGGGUCUAGGACCAAACAAUGGUAUUGCUAUUGCUGUUGAAAGAGGAAAGGAUGGCAAGAAAAACACCGUGGACUUAGCUUCUCAGGAUUCUUGUGGCUAUUCGAUUAAGGAAAUCACUCCUGUUGCCGAACCUGUGGUUUCUGAAAAGACUGAGCAUGCUGAGACCUCAACACACUCAAAUUUGGUCAACAAGAAGUCUGAUGAAAAGAAAGAGUAUCCAUCUCCGGAGAAAGAUAAUGGUAAGGUGGCUACUCUUCCUGGGUCUGCUGCUGGAACAAGCAGAAAAGUAGAGAGUAUGAGAAAAUCUGAAGUUCCAGCGUCCUCUGAGGACAAGCGUCUCUUAUUGACUGGUCCACCAGCCGUCCGAACUUCCUGGUUAAGUUGCUGCGGUUUGUUUGAUGCAGUGACAGGAUCUGACAGAUAAACACAGAGCAGGAGUUAGAUAAAGGUGGGACGCUCAUGACAGCCAAAGCUCAAAGACAACCGAAAAAACAUGAUUCACGGUCCGUACACUCUUCUCUGUACAUUGUCUUUGAUAGAUAAUAAUGUGGGCGGCUUUUAGCAACCUACCAACAAGACCAACAUCCUUAACAGGGUACAUUUGUUCAUUAAAUGGAAUUUUAGAUUCAUGACUAAAUCUAGCUCUAUGUUUUGUUAUCAAUUACCAAAAUUAUCUUUGACUU